ACGAAAGGAGAAAAGGCCAAAACCAUAAUAAUAAAGAAGAAAAUAGUGAGAGAGAGAGAGACUCCUGGGGCUGGGGGAAGCAGGCAUGUGGAUGAGUGGGGGACACACCAAACACAUCAAUUAAAACCCUUCAAAAUAAUUGAGUUUGUGACAGAACAGAAAGAAAAAGAAAGCAAACUUCUCUCUCUCUCUCUCUCUCUCUCUCUCUCCACUUCCCACUUAUAUUAUUGUGACCUCUUGGCUCUUGCCAUUACUUGUCAUCGGCUGAGUAGUGUGGGACUUGGGUGUGAUUCAGAAGCCAAGCAAAGGGUAAAAGGAAAAUUAGAAGCAGAAGCUAUUUUCCACUUCUCACGGUGCUUGUUUCUCUUUUUCCAGAAACAGAGGUCUCUGUUUUCUUCUCCCUCUCUACUCUUUGGUGAAGAUGCCUAGACCAGGCCCCAGGCCUUAUGAAUGUGUUAGAAGAGCUUGGCACAGUGAUAGACAUCAGCCCAUUAGAGGUUCUCUCAUUCAAGAAAUUUUCAGAGUGGUCAAUGAGGUUCAUAGCUCUGCAACUAAGAAGAACAAGGAAUGGCAAGAGAAGCUACCUGUUGUUGUUUUAAGAGCAGAAGAAAUUAUAUAUUCCAAAGCCAAUUCUGAGGCUGAAUAUAUGGACCUUAAAACACUUUGGGACAGAACUAAUGAUGCCAUUAAUACAAUCAUUCGACGUGAUGAGAGUACUGAAGCUGGAGAGCUUCUUCAACCUUGCAUCGAAGCUGCUCUUAAUUUGGGAUGCACUCCAAGGAGAGCCUCCAGAAGCCAACGAAAUAGUCAUCCAAGAUGUUACCUUAGUCCUGGCAAUCAAGAGCCCAACACUUUCUAUCCUGGCAUGGUAAAUAGCACUAUUCAAGCAAAUCAUAAGACCAGCCCUCAAUGCAUACCUAAUUAUUCGAAUUUCAUAAAACCCACAAUCAUGAAUUCAACCCAUUUGGGCUCUGAAUUACAAAAUCUUGUUUGCCAGAAUGUUAGUGUCAAUUCUAAUAAAUUUCUCUUUGCAACUGAUAGUGGUUGUCUAUCUAACUAUAACCAAUGUUUAUCCAUGGAGAAUCAUCCUGUGUCAAGCUUGUGCUCAGUUUAUCCUUUGUACUAUGGAAGUUGCCUAGAGCCCCAGCAAAGUGUAGGAAUUCUUUCUAAAUCAGUUCCUAGCACCUUAGAACCCGUCAAGGUGAGUGAUGGGCAAAGCCUCUUCUCCUGUAAUGAGGAUGCUGCUGCUAACAUCAAUCAAUCAGAUCUCAAGGAUAGUUCCAUGGAGGAGCUUGAUGUUGGGUGUGAUCUGUCAUUACGGUUGGGCUCUCUUUCAGCAUCUUUGCUUAGUUCUCAAAACAGGCAGCUUCAGGAUGUUGACGAUGUUGGUUCUGGAGAGGGGGUUAAAUUCAACAAUCAGAUGCCACAAAUAGACAAGGAGUUCUCUUUGUUUGCCAGGGUUGAUAUGGAUGACUCAUUAAAGUCAUGUCCAAGCAAAUUGAAUGAACAUGUAAAAGUAGAUGUGAUGAAGAAAAAACGCAAGGCAGUUCAUGGUCACGCUGUGGCUGAUCAGGCAUGUCAUUGGCAGCCAAAGCUUCCAUGCAUUGAUUUGACUGGGAGAAUGAAAAGUGCAGGUUCGUAAACUGAUGAAACCUUGACUGGCAGAAUGAAAAAUGUAGGUUUGUAGACUGACAGGCUCUUGCUUCUGUUUGUUUCUUCAAACUCUAGGCAUGCCUUAGUUAGAAUAUGCCUUGUUAAAGCAUUUUUGGUAAUCCAGCUGUACUUGGUAGAUUGCCUGGGUAGUGCUAAGUUACUUGCUUCAAUGUUGUAAGAAUAUGAUAUGUAAAUUAGAAAUGAUCCUGGAGAAACACAGAAGAGGCUUGUGGGUUAUCAUGUGCAGAGAAAUGUUUUAUGCAAAGCAAUUCUGACUUCGAAACUUCGAAUAGCAUAACAUAAACUUAUUCGGCUUUUUAA